GAAUUUGAGAUCUUGAACCAUUCUAUAUCUUAAAAUAAAUAUCCACAUGCCAUUUUUUUUAAUUAAAAAGAGAACGCAUUGCACAACAGCAGAAUAAGAAGAAGAAAAAACAAGAAACAGAAGAAAGACAGAGGUAGUGCUAGAGAUGGAUAUGCCAGCAAACACAGUUGCAGAAUCUGCAGACAGGAGCACUGCUACACCGUUAUUAGAGGCAGGUGGCCAUGGCGAUCAACAAGGAAGAAAAAGGGGGUGGUGGAAUAAACUGUUGGACAUGGAGGAGGCCAAGAACCAGGUCUUGUUUUCCUUGCCAAUGAUUCUUACCAAUGUUUGCUAUUACUUGAUCCCCUUGAUAUCUGUCAUGCUUGCUGGUCACCUUGGUGAGGUUGAACUUGCUGGUGCCACACUUGCCAAUUCAUGGGCCACCGUUACCGGUUUCGCUCUCAUGAUUGGGUUAAGUGGAGCUCUUGAGACACUGUGUGGGCAAGGAUUUGGAGCAAAGUUAUACAGAAUGUUGGGGAUAUAUCUACAAGCCUCAUCCAUAAUUUCUUUCUUGGUCUCUAUCAUCAUAUCUGUAGUCUGGUUCUACACAGAACCCAUACUUAUCUUACUUCAUCAAGAUCCUCAAAUUUCAAAAUCUGCUGCUCUUUAUAUGAAAUUUCUGAUUCCGGGAUUAUUUGCAUUCGGCUUCAUGCAUAACAUAUUGAGAUUUCUUCAGACACAAUCUGUUGUAAUGCCGUUGGUCUUCCUCUCACUGAUCCCAGUGGUUAUUCAUAUUUUCGUUGCAUAUGCUUUGGUACAUUGGACAACUCUUGGUUUCAAGGGAGCUGCCCUAGCAUGUUCAAUUUCAAUAUGGAUAGCGAUGCUAAUGCUGGCCAUGUAUGUUAUGUUUGCAAAGAAGUUUGAGCUUACAUGGGAAGGAUUUUCGAUAGAAUCGUUCCAUUAUGUCCUUGCUGCCUUGAAACUUGCCCUCCCCUCAGCAGCAAUGGUAUGCUUGGAGUACUGGGCUUUUGAGAUUCUGGUGUUAUUGGCAGGACUGAUGCCAAACGCAGAACAAACCACUUCACUAACUGCAAUGUGUGUGAAUACAGAAGCAAUUGCAUACAUGAUUACAUAUGGCCUCAGUGCUGCUGCAAGCACAAGGGUGUCAAAUGAAUUAGGAGCAGGCAAUCCUGACAACGCCAAGAAGGCAAUGGCUGUGACUCUUAAGCUCUCUGUGCUUCUUGGUCUCCUUGUUGUUCUGGCUCUAGCAUUUGGUCACAAUAUAUGGGCUGGCUUUUUCAGUGACAGCAGUGCAAUAAUCAAGCUUUUUGCUUCUAUGACACCAUUUCUUGCAAUUUCAAUAAUGGCUGAUUCUGUGCAAGGUGUCUUGUCAGGUGUGGCCAGAGGAUGUGGCUUUCAGCACUUGGCUAUGUAUGUAAACUUGGGUGCAUUCUAUUUGGUUGGCAUGACAGUUGCAUGUGUUGUUGGAUUUAAGUUGAAACUAUAUGCUAAGGGAUUGUGGAUUGGCUUAAUCUGUGGUCUUUGCUGUCAAGCCGCCCUACUUUUGUUGGUUACACUGCGCACAAAAUGGACUCAAUUGGAUGUGCCUCAUAAUGGAGAUGCAGUUUUGGUCUAAAUGAAGGUCAGGCAAAAGUA